GACAUCUGCUGCUCUUAAAUCUUUAUAUUUUUUAGCAAGUAAAAAUAUGAAUUGCAAAUGGAGCUAUUGCUCACCGUUGAAUAAAAAUACCGUGGUUGAACGCAGCCUAGAUUUGCGACUUCGUGGUGCCCAGGCGAGAAAUUACCUAAAGAUAUGUUGCCUUCAUGUGGUGAUCCUUUUGUUCUUUCUCCGGGACAUUUGGCAAGAAGGAGACAGGAGGCAGUUCUGUACCAUCGUGGCGGAGUACUCUAUUUCCUCGGUUUUAGGUCUCAGUGCACUGGCCUGUGUCAUCAAGUGUUUGUGGAUGAUGUCUGGUGAUGAACAGGUGAUCGGAACGGAGAGCCAAAAGUGCCUGCUCGAUGGCAAAGAUGAAAACCUCUUUGGAACUGUUUACACACGUCCCUUAUUAAAAGCAGGGACUAACCUACCGGAAACCGAUUGGAAACCGCUCAAUUGGCACUCCUCCUACAAUGCACAUUGGAGGCCCAAGAAGACCGUCCUUGGAAAGGGAAACUUACAAAAGUGUAAAUCACCGUAUGAGGAGCUUAACCCAGAUGAUUUCAUCACCGACAUCCGAAAGCUGCCCGCUUUAAUGAGAAGGGCUAGAAGAGAACGUAAAGCCAUAGAAGAUAUGAAUAACGAUUUCCUGCGAAAGUACUGGAAAUAUCCAACCUGUAAGAUAAACAACACAUACCAAUAUAUUCCACUGCCGCAAGAAAACGCCAGCAAAGUCAGCAAUUUGGAACAUAUACCGAAGAGCAAAUUUCUGCAGUAUGUAUCCAACUUGAGGUUUUGGAUCUCAACCACAAUACUGCAUCGUUUGGUCAACGAAAUUGAGUAUGUGAAUAAGGUAUUUCAAGAGAUUGGCUUUUACGCUAUAAGAAUUGGGGCCAUAAGUUUGGAGAGACUGCGAUCGAUCGUCGCGGAUCAGGGAUUCGUGAGGAGCCAUGUUCCCAUGUUGCCGACUGUUUUGGCUUUUCUCGAUACAUUUAGCAAUCAGGAGUAUUUGGUGCUGCGCAUUCAGGAGCUAGCGGAGGGCAACUACAUGUCCUCCUAUCGACAGGAUUCAACUGGCUAUGAGAUGGACUAUUGUCUGGAUUGGUUAGAUGUUCUGCCCACCGAUGCGGCCAUCAUAUUCCAUUUAUUUUGCGUUUAUAUGGACAGCCAGUUGUUGCCAUUGCCGCAGAUUGGAGGAGAAAGACCUUUCUAUUCCCGAUAUGUAAUAACCAGGGAUUAUAAAAGCAAGGAGAACGUAGUGUCGCGUGUGAAGAACAGAGCCAACUGUGCCAUUUUGGUCACCAGUAACGCAGAUCGCGAACCCAACUUCAACUUCAUCAGCGACAAUCAGGUGCACGAAUGCGUGUACAACAGGAACAAUCUGUUUCACGUGAUCAUCCAGUUCUUCACCUAUAUGCGGGAUAAGCGGGGUUCCGAACUGGAGUCGGUCAAUCUGGGACAGAGUGGCAUCAACAUCAUGGGCGUCAUCGAAAACAGAACCGACUCCACAGUCCAAUAAUUCUUUAUGUGUAGAGCAAGAACUGUAUUUUAAUGACAUUUUUAUUGUUUUCUGACUGCGUAUUCCUCGUUUGUUGGUAUUCGUUCAGGCAGUUGGAAAAUAAACAACAGACUUUUGAAGACAUAAACACUUAAAAGGAAAGAUAAUUGCAUCGCUUGCUAAAUCUUGUUAAAUCUUAUCAGCA